UCACGCUAGUUAAAACUGCCCCAAAGUGCAUACAUGUGAAAUUAUAAUAUUUCAACAAAAGACUCAAGCAACAAACUUACCUUUGUCAUGGCCAAUUGACGUCUGCGCCAUACCACACAUACAAUUAAGCAAACUGGUUAAAAACGCAAUAUGAUUCAGCUACGCCUGCGCAUACUUGGUAUCGUACUGCUGCAGUUUAUUGCUUUGGUCAGCAGCGAAUACGUUUAUGGCGAGCCCGAGUUCAAAUGCCCGAAAAAAUCUCAGGUUAUAUACCCCUGUGUUUGCGUCAAAGGCAGCGAUAAUGGACUUUUUGUGCGUUGCGAAAAUACAAAUCUUGCCACAUUAGCGGUGGCGCUGCAAAAUCUUGCUGCGCUAGAGAUGCCAGUGGAGGAGCUUGUCAUCUAUAAGGGACACUUUGUUCGUCUUUUUGGACCUUUAUUUGCCAAUAUCAAGGCACGACUAUUGGUCAUAGAGGAGACACCACUUGCCACAAUUGAUGAUUAUGUUUUUUAUGGUGUCAACAAUACGCUGGAGCAGCUACACUUGCUGCGCACAAAUCUAAGUCAAGUUGGACAGCUAGCCUUUGGUAUUUUAGGCGAGACCAGCCAGCUGGUUAUAGAUGGUCACGCCUUUGAGCAGCUACCCAAGGAUCUAUUCCUAGGUCAAGCUAUCACCAACAAACUGGAAGUAGUGCGCCUAAGCAAUGGUCUUUUAAGUGAUUUGCCAGUGGAAACUUUUCAGCCGCUGCGCAAGCUAAAAACCUUGGAUCUACAUGGUAAUCAAUUGAUGAAUCUUAAACGUAAUCAGUUUAAGAACUUGCGUGAGCUUGAAGUGCUGGAUAUAAGUCACAAUAACAUAACGAAAUUGGAAGCGCAGCAUAUAUCAGAUCUAACUAAGCUGGGCUGGUGCAAUGUCUCGCAUAAUGCACUCAAUGAGCUGAGUCGUGGCACCUUUGCUAGAAACUCUGUGCUGAAGGUGCUUCACUUGUCCCACAACAACAUUGGCAAGCUGGAUGCAAACAGUUUUCGUGGCAUGCGCUUCUUGCGCCGUCUAUUUCUAAGCGAUAAUGUCAUUACAGAGGUUGGCCGUGGCACCUUUGGCUCUAUUGCACGCAUAGGCACCAUAGACUUGGCUAGAAAUAAGUUGAAAAAGAUUGAGUAUCAAAUGUUUACCCAAAUGAAUUAUGUGGAGUUACUCGACUUGGCUGAAAACAAUAUAACAAAAAUAGAGAAAAACUCCUUCAAGGAUAUUUAUCAAGCAGUCAUUAAUGUAUCCCAUAAUGCACUGGAGCUGGUGGAAACGGCUGCCUUUGAGAAUUGUGUUAAUAUAACUAUAUUGGAUUUAUCGCAUAAUCGCUUGGUAAACUUUUCGCGUCGCAGCUUUGACGAAACUACAUUUGCCUCAGAUUUUCGGCUAAGUUUCAAUGGUUUUACCAAUCUGGCGCAUAUACCGCUACAAAAUAUGAGUGGUCUACGCGUAUUGAAUGCAUCCCACAACAAUAUUACAGAAAUACCCAAAAACUGUUUUCCCAAGCUCUACGAACUACACACCAUUGACGUUUCACACAAUAAUAUUUCUUCUAUAUUCAAUGGUGUUUUCCAAACGCUGUUCUCACUGCGCAGCAUCAAUCUGGCCCACAACAAUAUGCAAGAGAUCAAGUCGUCUACAUUUGGUACACUGCCCACGCUGCUGGAAAUGGAUCUCAGUUACAACAAUCUGGUGAACGUAGUGCGUGGCUCGCUGGCGAAGUUAACUAGUCUGCGUGAACUUUUCCUUAAUAACAAUCAGCUGGAUAAGCUCUUCCAGCUGCCUAUAUCCUUGAAUCGUCUGCACUUGAGCCAUAACAAUAUAAGUGUCAUACCAGCGGGCACUUGGCCUGUUAUGAAUUCCUUGAUACAUUUUGACUUGAGCUACAAUCAAUUGGGCGAUAGCUUGGAUGGGCAAAGCUUUGUGGGUCUGCUGGUGGUGCAGCGGCUAAUGCUGCAGAGCAAUGGCAUAAGCAGGCCACCGCUGGAGGCAGUCGCAGUCAUGUCAACGCUGCAAUAUUUGCAUCUGGAGCACAACAACAUAAGCGUACUGGAGCGUAGCGCCUUUGGCAAGCUGCCUGUGCUGUUUGAACUUAAUCUGCACGAUAAUCAAGUGACGGAUAUAAGCAAACGCGCCUUCGAGGGACUGCUGCAGCUGCUCAACUUGAAUCUGUCGGCGAAUGGUUUGCAGCAAUUACAAAAUGACAUAUUCAUUGGUCUGCCCUCGCUGCGCACGCUGGAUCUUUCACACAACUCGCUGUCCAAGCUGGACAACAAAACGCAUGGCGUGCUGGAUGAUUUGCUGAGUCUGGAAACGCUCAACUUGAGUCACAAUCGCAUAAGCUUUGUCACCAAGAAAACCUUUCCCUCGGCUCAGUACAUACCCUAUAAUCUUAAGUAUUUGGACUUGAGCUACAAUCAAAUGCCAGUGCUAACCUACGAUAUAACGUUUGGCACCAAGAAGCUGCUGCAGCUGAAUGUCUCACACAAUCAAAUCAACGAGCUGCGCCGCGGUGUGCUCUCCAAUUUCACCUCACUGCGUGUGCUCGACUUGUCGCACAACGAGCUGGCGAAUCUGCUAUCCGAGGAGCAUAUAUUUGAUUUGCCCAAGAAUCUAAGCAGCCUGAACGUAGCACACAAUCAAAUCUAUCACAUGCCCUUCCAGAAUCUGAUAAAGACGCAGAGCUUGAUGCAUGUAGAUCUAAGCCAUAAUGCUCUGGAGGAUGUGCCUGCUACUUUGGUGGCACGCAUGCGAAAUGGCAGUCAGAUUAGUUUAGCAUUUAAUCCAUUUUAUUGUGGUUGCAAUAUGCGUCCAUUGAAGCAUUUUAUGCUGCAGAAGACAACGCUCAGCGAAGAUUUGCAGCAUGUGUCUUGCGCAACGCCCAAGUUGUCCACACUGACUGCUGUGGAUGAUGAGUAUCUGAAUUGCCGCGAGGAUGAGCGCGAAGUCUAUAAAGGCACUGACUACGAGCAGCAGACCGAUGUGCGUUUUCGCGAAGUAAAAACCACCAAGGCGGGCAAUCUAACGCUAAGUUGGUUUGUCUCAGCCACUGCAGAUGUUGCCGACUUCCAUGUCUAUAUACGCAGCCGCAGCAAUGAGAUUCUGUAUGAGUCGGACUAUGCUUACAAUGAGCGCACAGCUCAAAUACGCAUUAAGGAUCAGCUGGAUCUGGGCGAGGAUAAGCUGCGUGCUGCAGAAAUUUGUAUUGUUGCACGCGAUAGCGAUGGCAACACACGUCGCUGGUUUGCUGGUCAGUGCCAGGCAUUGCCCUCGCUAAAGCUGCCCAGGACCUUUUUCUUUGGCAAUUUCAAUGUGAGAAGCGCCGCUGACAGCAGCCAUUACUACAGUCGUACUUGCUUUAUACUCAUAGCUUUAAUUUCAAUUGUUGCGCGUAUUUAAUACGCUUUGUUUAUAAAUAAAA